AUGGCACAGCGCGGACCCGCUCCCCCCAACGACGGGGACCAGCGAUACCCUCGUCACUCGCACAGCAACAGCAGCUUGUUCCGCAACGCAUCGCCCGUGCCCCCCUAUGCUCCCCAGCAAACCCCUACCCCGCUCUCCCCUCCUUCCAAUGGACACAGCUCCCUCAACCUGAACAUCCCAGUCUACAAUCCCCCGUACGCCAACAACCCGCCCAACUACUCUUCGGGCCGCUCGGAUGCGUCCCACGUCUCGUCGGCCUUUGCGCCCUCCGCUGCUGCGAGCAGCGCGGCACCGCUUCUUCCCCCGAUCUCAUCCACCGGCCGCCUCCCGACGUUCGAGCGUGUAGCAGCCUACACUCGAGGUGAAGCUCCUCCUGUCAUCCCUCCUCCCCAGGGUAUGACGCCGCCUGUGAUGUCGCCUGCUCCAUCGCACAUGAUGUCUCCUUCCCCUUCGCAGAUCAUGUCCCCGCCUCCGCACAUGAUGUCUCCGCCCCCGUCAAACAUGCAGCCCACUCCCAGCUACCUCCCACCGCCGGAUCAGAACCACCCGGACCUCCAGGUUGGUUUUAUCCCUUCGCAAACAUUCCGGUACGCUCGCGAGAUGCGUGAGCCGUCCCGCUCCCCGUCCCCCGGCUUUGACGACAGCGUGCGCUACAAUGGCCGACCUGGAGAUGUUGAACAGGCGCUCAUGGGAGACUCAAACGAUGACGGCAUCGCGCCUGCCUACCGCAAAUACGACCCCUUCGGCUCGGAGUCUGCUCUCGACAGCGGAAACCUGGGUCUGAAUGGACGCCCCAAUAGCACCUACAAGGCGCCCAUCGAUGACGAGUUCGAGAGCGUUCCUCUGGUUGAGGAAGAGAAGGAGACCAGGCACUUUGGUCCUGCACCGACUGGCCGCGUUGGCCGUCGUAACAAUGCCGGCCGCCGUAUCAAGCAGAAGAUGCAGCUCGACGAGUCGGGUAUGUUCCAGGUCGACAUGCCGAUCCCGUCCCGUCUCGCUCAGUUCCUGCCGGUCAAGGGCGUUGCGGAGCAGAAGACUACCCGCUACACUGCCGUCACCACCGACCCCGAUGACUUUGCUACCUCCGGUGUGCGUCUCAGGCAGAACAUGUUCAACCCGCCUCGCCAGACCGAGCUCUUCAUCGUCAUCACGAUGUACAAUGAGGACGCCGAGCUCUUCUGUCGUACGCUCUACGGCGUCAUGAAGAACAUUGCGCACCUUUGUGGACGCAAGAACUCGCGUGUUUGGGGCCACAAUGGCUGGCAGAAGGUCGUCGUCUGUAUUGUGGCCGACGGUCGUAAGAACGUCAACCCUCGUGUCCUCGACUGUCUUGCCGCUCUCGGUAUCUACCAGGAGGGUGCAAUGACGAACAAGGUUCAGGACCGUCCGGUUACCGCCCAUGUGUUCGAGUACACGACAUCCUUUGCGCUCGAUCCCGACCUUCACUUCAAGUACCCGGACAAGGGUAUCGUUCCCUGUCAGUUCAUUUUCUGUAUGAAGGAGAAGAACGCCAAGAAGAUCAACUCGCACCGCUGGUUCUUCAACGCAUUUGCUCCUCUCCUUCAGCCGAACGUGUGUAUUCUGCUCGAUGUUGGUACGAUGCCCGGCCCCAAGUCGAUCUACCAUCUCUGGAAGGCGUUCGAUGUCAAUUCCAACGUCGGAGGCGCGUGUGGUGAAAUCGCCACGUACAAGGGCAAAGGUUGGAGGCUGCUCCUGAACCCGCUCGUCGCGGCGCAGAACUUCGAGUACAAGAUGUCCAACAUUCUCGACAAGCCCAUGGAGUCGCUGUUCGGCUACUGUGCUGUGCUUCCCGGAGCGUUCUCGGCGUACCGCUACAUUGCUCUUCAGAACGACGCCGAUGGAAAGGGUCCCCUCGCUUCUUACUUUAUGGGUGAGAAGCUCGAGGGCUCGGGUGCCGACUCGUUCACGGCCAACAUGUACCUCGCUGAGGAUCGUGUGCUGUGUUUCGAAAUUGUCGCCAAGCCCAAGGCUAACUGGGUUCUGAAGUAUGUCAAGUCGGCCGUUGGUGAGACGGACUGUCCCGACACGAUCCCCGAGUUCAUCGGCCAGCGUCGUCGUUGGCUCAACGGUUCCUUCUUCGCUGCUGUUUACGCUCUCCUGCACUCUCGCCGCCUCUGGUGGUCCGGUCACAGUCUCAUCCGCAAGUCGAUGCUCAUGCUCGAGUUCUUCUACAAUGCUCUCAACCUGAUCUUCGGCUGGUUCUCGCUCGGCAAUUACUACAUCUUCUUCGUCAUCCUCACGUCCGCUCUCGAGGCACCUCAGUUCCACGCCAAGGGUAUCCACGUCUUCAACGUGAUUCUCCAAUACAUAUAUCUGGGAACGCUCGUCGCGUGCUUCAUCUUCGCGAUGGGCAACAGGCCUCAAGGCGCGCCCUGGAAGUACAAGAUCGCUAUCUACAUCUUCGCCGCUCUCACGGUGUACAUGCUGAUCUGCGGUGUGCUCUGUAUUGCAGUCGCCAUCGAAAACAUCGGCUCGCCCGUCUUUUCCCGAAUGGUCGUGUCUUUGAUCGCUACGUACGGUAUCUUCGUGAUCUCGAGUAUUCUCGCGCUGGACCCGUGGCACAUCGGUACCUGUUUCCUCCAGUUCUUGCUCUUCCAGCCCAUGUACAUUAACAUCCUCAACAUCUACGCCUACUCGAACCUGCACGACCUGUCGUGGGGUACCAAGGGAUCUGACACAGUGGAGGAAGACCUCGGCCACGUCAAGGUUGUCGGCAAGGAGGUCGAGGUCGCGCUCGUCAGUGCGCAACACGACAUUGACAGCGCGUACCAGGACGCUCUCGACAACAUUCGUGUGAAGCGCGCUAAGGUCGACGCCGACGAGGUCCCUCCCAAGAAGGAGACUAAGGAGCAGAAGCAGAAGGACAUCUACGCCAACUUCCGCACCAACCUGCUGUUGGCGUGGUCUCUUUCGAACGCGCUGCUCGCGUCUCUGAUUCUCUCUGGCGGCGGCGCUGGCGACACGUUCAACGGCUCUGACGGCAACAACCGCACUGGCAUCUACAUGCUCGUCAUCCUCGUCUUCGUCGCCGCCAUGGCCGCGUUCCGCUUCAUCUGCGCGACCAUGUACCUCAUCAUCCGCCUCUUCGGCGGUUAA